CUCUCUGCCCUCUCGUGUCUGUCUUGUUCUGUUUUUCUUUCUACUUCAACAUCCCUUUCCCUCUUGCUUUUGCACAAUGUUCAAACCUUUGGUCACUCUGGAAACCUGCCAACCCAGGCUUCAGCCCCAGCCCCGACCCAUGUCACCAUAAACUCGGCAUCCUGCCUGUGGCAAAGCCUUUUCCAGGCGUCAGAAUGCAGAGAUUACCUUGGGGUGACGCUCCAGCUGCCAACUGGCUCCAGAUAAGAUAAGGGUUGGGAUCAGCACUAUAAACAGCCCCAUCCUCUCUCCUGGCCCAGACCCCAGUUGAGGCCACACCAGUCCACAAGCAACAUGGCCAUGCACCUGUGGGUGAUCACCCUGACCUUGACUGCCCUCCUUGCCAUGGACAGAGAAGUGCCAGUGUCAGCAGGAAAGCUUGUUUUCUGGAGAAUGCCCAUCUGUGAGCACAUGGCAGAGUCUCCAAACUGUCCCCAGACACCUAACCUGAUCUGUGGUACCGAUGGGGUCACAUACAAAAAUGAAUGCUAUCUCUGCGUGACCCGGAUAAAAACCAAAAAGGACAUCCAGAUCUUGAAGGAUGGCAAGUGCUGAGCUUACAGGUACCUCAAGCCACGAAGCUUCAGUCUGGAGAACAGUAAUGCACGCAAGAGGAUAUGCUGUGAAAUAAAAGAUGCAGCCCAACCUGGUGAAGUGACCAGUCUUUGGGAACUCGGGAGGUGAUGGCAAUAGAGGUAGGGUAGACCUUGACAGCCCUCCCUGCUCUGAAUCUGAUAUCCAACCGCUCUGGUGGUCCUUAACUUUGUCACAAGUCCCCAUUAGAGGUCCCAGUUAUCUUCUGUCCACUUGAGGCCAGCCUCUGACCCAGGACACUGUCCAGUCCUUCUGACUAUCUCAGGCCAAGAACCUAGGUAAAACGAGUAUCCUCGGGAACUAUUGUGUGGCACCCAAUCCCUGCAUGGUUUUCUCCUGGGCUGAACCAGCACUCUGAGGCAGACACAAGGCACAGACACUUGACAUAGCACAGCUGACACUCAGGUACAGCUGAACUGCUUCAUGUGAUAUCAAAUUAUUGUUUGGGGUUUUUUGGAGAUUGAGACAGGGUCUUACUCUGCAGCCCAGACUGGCCUUAAAUAUUCCUGCCUCAGCCUCCCUAGUGCUGCAAACCAGGUCUUUACUAACAAACAUUCAAAACCAGGCACUGCCCCAUAUCCUGUAAGUACAUGCCUGCACAGGUCACCUGGAAACCCCUGGAUCUCCCAGCUCCUGGAACAGCAGGAUCACUGGCAGGGCUGCCCUGCUCUUUAAGUCAAUAUCCACUUUAACUGGCUGACAUUAGAGAUGACCUCCAAGCACAUACAGCAUUCAGAAAUCACACAGAGCUCACAGCCCACGGUAUAUGUUGAAUGUCAUCUCUUUUGGUAUAAACCUGGAGGAGCUUCUUUAUACGAUGGCAGGAUAAAGGGUGGGAGGGCUUGGCUGGGCAAAGCAGUUUUACUCAGGCUCAGAUUUCUGCUUUAAGGGUGUAGAAAGAACAGGAAAUGCUCUGAGAAGACACAUCUGACAAAAGCUGGUUAGGAAGGGCAAGAACCAACAUUCCCCAGGCCAGUGAAGUGGGAAAACCAGGCAAGAGUUGUUGCUGAUACAGUCACAGGUAGUUCAUCUAUCUACAGACCUUUCUAUUAUUAUUGAUCAACUUGUUUCCCACCUGCAGGUGAGUGCAUGGUGUAUGAUUAAGUAUGGUUGUAAGGGGGCUGGAGAGGUGGCUCAGUGCUGACUGCUCUUACAGAGGACCCAGGUUCGAUUCCCAGCACCCACAUGGC